AUGGAAGUAACAGCCGAACCGCCCCGUCUGACGUUAAAGGCUCUCACUAAAGAAGACAGAGGCAUGUUCCAAUGUAUCGUGAGCAAUAACUGGGACCAAGCUCAAGCCAUCGCCGAACUCGACAUGGGCGAUGCCGGUCCUGAACUGAUGUACUGGUUUUCGGAACAAACACUUCAACCGGGGCCGACGGUUUCUUUGAAGUGUGUCGCAACAGGAAAUCCUCCGCCACAGUUUACUUGGACUCUGGACGGAUUUCCCAUUCCCGACCAUCCCAGGUUUUUAGUAGGCCAAUAUGUAACUAUCCAGGACGACGUGAUCAGCCACGUCAACAUCACCAACAUUAAAGCCGAGGAUGGAGGAGAAUAUACAUGUACAGCUCACAAUACAGUUGGGAAAAUCUCUCAUAGCGCCCGGUGCCCCGUGGCAGGCUACCCCAUCGAAACAAUAACGUGGGAACGUGAGGGUCAAAUUCUUCCUAUCAAUCGACGUCAAAGGGUUUACGCCAACGGCACUCUUGUGAUUGAGCAGACCCAGAGGAGAGAGGACGCUGGCACGUACACUUGUCAAGCUCAAAACAGGCAAAGGAACACGGCGAGGAGGGACGUCGAGAUUCAGGUCAUAGUUCCACCGAAAAUCCUGCCGAUAAACCCUAUGACAGAUCUAUUAAGGGAAGGUAUGAGAGCCGCGAUCACCUGCCAAAUCAUGGAAGGCGACCUGCCCAUUACUUUCCGUUGGGAACGGAACGCGAAGGUUGUCUCCAACAACGCGGCCCUGGGGACCGUCAUUAGACGAAUUGACGAGUUCGCUUCUUCAUUAAUUAUCGAUCAGGUGACUUCCGCCCACAGCGGAAAUUAUACGUGCAUAGCGAGCAACGUCGCCGGUGCGGAGAAGUACGUCGUUCCGCUUACUGUUAAUGGAGAACAACCCGGAGAGUACAAAGAUUUUCUCUUUGAACCAAAUGUUCAACAAUACCAAAACGGUAGUUUAAUAUUCAUGCACAUAUCAAAGGAGAACGAAGGACAUUACUUGUGCGAAGGAAAGAACAACAUUGGUACUGGAGUUAGUAAAGUGAUACACUUACGAGUGAAUGCUCCAGCAUAUUUUACUCAAAAAUCCAAGCAACUUCAGGUGGUUAAAGGAGAACAAGCCCAUCUGCAAUGUUCUGCUCUUGGAGAUACGCCAAUGGAAAUAGGCUGGAAAGUCGGAGGUCAACAUAUAUCCAAAGAUGGAGAUCAAAGGUACACAAUACGAGAACAAGUGUUAGCAGAAGGAAUGGUAUCAGAAUUAGGUAUCGAAAGAACAAUUCGACAAGAUACAGGAAUAUUCAUUUGUUCUGCCAACAAUGCUUACGGAAACGACGAUAUGAAUAUCCAAUUAAUUGUCCAAGAAAUUCCAGAACCUCCCAGAAAUGUUCGAGUCAUGGAUCAGUUGUCGAGGUCAAUCGGCGUCUCAUGGACCCAACCAUACGCAGGAAAUAGCCCAAUUUUGAAUUAUAUUAUCCAAUAUAAGAUUGGAUCAGAAACGUGGCCUACACAGCCUCUCAAAGUAACAGUUCCAGGAUCUCAAACUACAACAACUCUUCCAAACCUCCAUCCAGCCACAGUCUACCAUUUGAGACUAUUAGCCGAAAACAGACUGGGAUUAAGCGAGCCCAGUCAAACUGUACAAGUCAAUACCCUGGAGGAGGUGCCUAGUGGAGCUCCGUUGGACAUACGAGCAGAGCCAAAGAGCUCCACUGAAAUAGUAGUUACGUGGGAGCCACCUGCAAGAGAAUCCUGGAAUGGAAAUUUGUUGGGAUAUCACGUCGGUUACCAGGAAUAUACCAACGACGAUUCAAAUAAUAUUGCUCAAAAUUAUAUUUUUAAAAGCGUCGAAGCGUAUAACAGUCGAGGAUCUGGACCGGCCAGUGAACCAGUCACUGCACGAACCUUAGAAGACUCACCCACUCUACCUCCAGAAAACGUUCAAUGUUCCGUUUUAAAUGCUCAAAGUUUACACAUAUCAUGGGAACCUCCGUUAGUUGAGGGUCAAAACGGCAUCAUCCAAGGGUACAAAGUAACUUACCAUUCUGUCGGAGAAUGGUUCGACAACGAAGAUCAACAAACAAAAAUUGUGAAUCAACUCAGAACAACGAUUUCGGGAUUAAGAAAAUAUACUAACUAUAGUAUGACAGUGUUAGCGUAUACUUCCAGUGGGGAUGGUGUGAGAUCUGUUCCAGUGUUUUGUCAAACUGAAGAAGACGUGCCUUCUGCUCCUGCUCAGAUAAAAGCAAUUCAAAGUGCUCCCAAUAAAAUACUCGUGUCGUGGCUACCGCCGAAAUACAGCAAUGGACCAUUGACUGGCUAUACAUUUUACAUGAGCAUUGUUGAGGACGGCCAGGAAGAGGGUACUCACAAAAGAGCACUCAAUCCAACGACAGAAAUGCAUGAAGUACUUCGAACUCAAGAUACUGCCACUCUACAGUUUUGGGUUACCGCUUCAACGAGAAUUGGCGACGGUGAAAGCACACGAGUCGUGACCGUAACCCCCUCCAAAACAGUACCUGCCCGAAUAGCCUCUUUUGGACGAGAAGUAAUAAGCGCUUGGAAGCAAGACAUUUAUUUGCACUGCCGUCGUGUAGGUAUUCCCCUUCCAAGCGUCAAUUGGAGACUGAACGACCUUCCUUUAGAAGUUGGAGGCCGCAGAUCUAUUUUUGCUAACGCAACUUUAGUGAUAAAAGACAUUCAGAAUGUAGAUCAAGCAAAUUAUUCUUGUAGUGUAGAAAAUCAAUAUGGACAUGAUGAAAUAGUGUACAGUUUAAAAGUGUUGGUUCCUCCGGAAGCGCCGGUGUUAACCGUUGUUGAGUCUUUUACAGAUAGUUUGCUGUUGAGGUGGAGUGAUCAGGGAAAUGGAGGAUCCCCAAUUUUAGGGUAUGUAAUAAAUUACAAGAGAAACCAUGGAGACUGGGAAGAGUUGCAGAUUUCUGCUAGAACUGAUGAACAUAUGUUAAGGAAUUUAUGGUGCGGUACUAAGUACCUUUUAUAUAUCACUGCUUUUAAUAGAAUCGGCACGGGCCUACCAUGCGAUAUUGUACCAGCUCAAACCAAAGGCACAGUACCAAUUCAACCCAAGCAGUCCCAAAUGCUUACGAUGAAUUCCACGAUGGUAACCGUUUGGCUGGAUUCGUGGGGAGAUGGUGGGUGUGGAAUUUUAUAUUUUAUAAUAGAGUACAGGUCCUCGAGAUACAGCUCCUGGACGACUUCGUCAAAUCACGUCAAACCUACAGAACGGAUAUACAGCAUUCUCGAUCUGCUACCAGCUACAGAAUACCAGCUUAAAAUCACAGCUCACAAUAAUGCUGGAGAUACAGAAGCUGUGUAUAAUUUCACUACAUUAACACCCUUAGGUGGUAAAUACCUUUUAGUUGUACCUGAGCUAACACCACCAGUAUCACAUUCUGGGGAUCAACCAUUCUACGCCAAUGCAAAAGUUUUGGUACCAAUAAUGCUUUCAGUGGCGGUACUAGUAGCUCUGAUUGCAACUUUAUUUUGGAGAAGAAAGUUAAGACGAGAUGAGCAAAACCGCUCCAUCGGCGAGUCUCCUUCGAUGGCGCAAAUCCAGAAUAAACAAAACAGAGACCAGCAGUACCUGGCGGUACGUGUCGGCCGAGGUCCACAAGCUUUAGCUGCCGAAGAUGCCUACAAAGCAGAAUCAGCAGAUUAUAUUGAAGACAUUUGUCCCUACGCGACUUUCCAACUCUCCAAGAAUACCUACAGUGAGAGUUCCUACAGUGGAAACGUUUAUAGUGGGCCGUACCACUCGGUACGCGGCUCUUUUGUUUAUCAUGACGUUAAACCACCACCUAUUGAUAAUUUUAAGUUAGGACAUAGUAAAGAACCUGAGUAUUCCAAAGUUAGAAGAAAAGGAGGAAGACUGAGAGACCCUCAUUCUGAAAGUCAAGAGUCUGAUAACCUGGGCAGCACUGACUCAGAGGUCAAGAAGAUAUUAACCCUACACCUGCCUAUUUCAGAAUAUGAUACACUUGGAUCAGAUUCUGAUGGGGCCGAUGGAAGGGCGACUAGUCAAGAAAUGAUGUCCUUUAGCCACAGAAUGAGGGGUGGAGCAGAAGGUUCGUCAUCUUCAUCAGAGACUUCACCGCCGUCUGGUAGCGUCGGCAGGAAACCUUAUACAUCUCGGAAGGGAAAAGUUAAAGCUACACCUCUCAAUAAACGUCACGUUAGAAGUAGUAGUGGAUAUUCUAGUCACAAUGAAGAAACAACUUUUAGUAUCUCACAUGCUCCAAGCUUCAACGAACGAAUACAUCCUCCUUCGAGGUUCUCGGAUUUGAACACGAGGAACCUCAGUGAACCCGAAUAUGAGAAGGGAACUAAACAGCUUCGAGGUAUGUCGAAGUUGAGUAGAGAGACAUUUCAAAUAAAUGUAUGA